GGGUGCAAAUGUAAUUUUCUUAAUUAAAUUGCGUCGACGGGCUUCUCCAUCCAAGCAAGUUUGAAGGUGAGAAAUCAAAUAUCCCCAAUAUCUCAAUUUUACCAUAAAAGCUUCGCGAUACAAAUCUACGAAGAAGUAAACGAUUUCUUCCAUCUUAAACAAUCCAGUGCACACAUAUAGUUGUAAUCGGAAGAUCGGGAGGCGAACUCAAGAUGUCGAUGCUUGAUUCUUUCUUCAGCAAGGGGGCGUUCAAGGGUUCAAAAUGUAAAACACUUCUGAAACUGACGAUCCCACGCAUAAAACUGCUGAGGAAUCGUAGAGAGAUUCAUAUAAAGCAGAUGCGUCGUGACAUUGCCAAACUUCUUGAGACUGGUCAAGAAGCCACUGCUCGAAUCAGAGUGGAGCAUAUUAUAAGGGAAGAAAAAAUGAUGGCAGCUCAAGAAAUCAUCGAGUUAUUUUGUGAGCUUGUGGUUGUUCGUCUUCCAAUUAUUGAAACUCAAAAGGAAUGUCCUCUUGAUCUGAAAGAGGCGAUUUCAAGUCUCUGUUUUGCUGCUCCAAGAUGUGCAGAUCUUCCUGAGCUGAUCCAAGUUCAGAUGGCUUUUGCUGGUAAAUAUGGCAAAGAAUUUGUUAUUGCUGCCACUGAACUCCUGCCAGAGUGUGGUGUCAACCGCCAGUUGAUCGAACACCUAUCUGUUCGUGCUCCACCUCCGGAUGUAAAGCUCAAUCUGUUGAAGGAAAUUGCCGAGGAGCAUGAGGUUGAUUGGGAUCCUACUGCUUCUGAAACUGAAUUGCUCAAGCCACAUGAAGAUUUGCUGAAUGGCCCCUCACAACUUGCCACUACAAAAUUGCCUCUUCCGGAAGAAAAACAUGAAGAACCACAAGAACAAACCCAUAAUGAAGAGUCAGACUCUGAUCAGGAAUUUGACAUUUUAGAUUUUCCUGAGGUCCCCAAUUCCUCCAUACAACCUUCUUCUGCUCUGGAAUUCGAUUCCAGACCCGAAAUGCUUCCGUUUCCAGAGUCCGCAUUAUCCGAUCUCAACAACAACGAAUCAGAAACACCGCCGGAAUCCCAACAUAAGCAGUUUCUUCCGUUCAUAUCUCCGCCAUCAGCCACCACCACAGCGAAAGAAAUCAGCCCGUCUCCCGUCACCAAAACCACCAUGAAUGAUGAGUUUCAGACCACUGUACCAAAAGAAACCCGCUCACUUCCAACCACCAAACCCGGUGUCCAUGACGAUUUACAGGACGUAUUGGCCGCUGCUAUGGCGGCUGCCGAAAGCGCCGAACGGGCGGCAGCUGCCGCUCGUGCCGCUGCAAGCCUUGCCCAUCUCCGAAUCAGUGAACUCAUGAAGAAACAGAACGAACUCGAGUCCCCUGAGAAUCCGUUUUCCGGCGACAACCAUCAGCCUCACACACCGGAGGAGAACCGAAAUCUCAGCCAUCAAGACUCGAUUAAAGAUGAAAAUGAAAAUGGAGUUUAUGGUUCUUUGAGUUCUCAAGAAUCCUUGAGUUCUUCUCAUCAUCAGCCACAGAGGUUGACAUCAAUGGAGGAUGGGUUUAUGUCGUAUCCAAAUUUGUUUAAUUCACGGAGCCCUGGUGAACAAUCUUUUGCUGAUAGUUCACGUUCUGGUGAUGAACGUUGAGAGAUGAUGUUGUCUUUUCUUGUUCUAUCUCAAUGUUCUUAUACAUGCUUCUGUUUUUGGGUUUAUUAUUAUUAUUAUUUUUUUUUUGUGUAAAGUGACAUAGUGUUAUGUUUUGGUUGGAUGCCAUCAUCGCAUUAAGAUAGUCCAGUUGAUAUUUUGUGGUAUGAGAUUUAUAAUGAUGAGAAGGAUUGAUGAAUUAAUCCUUGAUAUUCUACA